AUGACAACACCAUCCAGUGCUGUCAGCCCUCGCGAUAGCCUACAAGAUACAUCAGAUGUUCAGUCCAUCCAGACUGAUAACAACGACGAAUCCAUCUUUGGCAGCGGGCAAAUCGAUGAUGGGCCAUCCGACCUCCAGAGCAAGAGAAAGAUCACCGAUCCGAACCUCGAAGUAAUUACGAUCGACAAGUACUACGACCUCACGUUGAUAGUAGGAUCCCCGGAGCAUGCUGGUGGUCAAAAGGCCUAUCAAGUCAACAAAGGCGUCUUUCGACAUGCUAGCAAAGCCUGGAACGCCAUGAUGAGCGGCAAUUGGGCUGAGAGCGACAUGUCCGAGAUCACCUUUCCCGAGGAUUCAGCCUACGCCUUCCAUAUUGUCCUCCGAAUCGCUCACUGGCAACUUCAAGAGCUACCUGUAACGCUGUCGCAGCAGGAGCUCGUAUAG